AUAUAUAUAUAUAUAGAGAGAGAGAGAGAGAUGGAGAGAUCACCAAGCAACUUAGUGAUGAAUGGAGGCCUAGGGGUGAGAUUGCCUGUAGGGUACAGGUUCCACCCAACAGAUGAGGAGCUUGUUGUUCAUUACUUGAAGAAGAAGGUGUUUGGUCUUCCAUUACCUGCUUCUAUCAUUCCUGACCUCGAUGUUUUCCAUACUCAUCCUUGGAGUUUGCCUGGUGAUUUGAAGGAGAAGAGGUACUUCUUUAACAAGAGAGAGGGGAACAUUGACGGCCAUGACAAGAAAAGAAAAACUGUCAAAACUGCUGGUUCUGGUUACUGGAAGCCUAUUGGAAAAGAAAGGAAAAUUGUGGAUUCAGUGAGCAAUGAAUCGGUAGGGUUAAGGAAAUCACUGGUUUUCUGCCAAUCAACCCCCCACUCCCAAUCUGAGUCCACUUCUAACACCAAAUGGGUCAUGCAUGAAUACAGCCUAUUAGGAAACCAGAUCUCUAAGAAAACAUCAAUGGAGGAAACAUGGGUUGUGUACAGCCUGUUUCAGAAGAAAAGAAAGCCUAACAGACAUUGUCAUGGCGUCAGAAACUACAUUGAUGAUAAAGUGAUUGCUGAUAGGCCAAGUUUUAUGGAUUUUAUGGUGGAAGAUGGUGAUCAUGAAGGUCCUCCUCAACCUGCUUCACCAUGUUUUAGUGAAGUCACUCAUGAAAUUCCUUCUUGUGGGUAUUUGUUAGAUCAUGAACAGGAAGAAACCAGCAGCCGUAAUGCCAAUUACAAUAAUAUUAGCUUUUGUUCUUCAUUUUCUAGAAUGAGAAAUUAGCAUUAUAAACUUGCAGCAAAAAAUUAAGAGAAUUAAAAUGAAUGAAAAGUUUGCAUUGAUCGACUCUU